AUGACUAAAAGGAAAGUAAGUCAAACUAAAUUAAUCAAUGUAUUACGACUUGAACUAGAUGCCGAUGGAUCACUUAGCAAAGAAAAACAAUAUAUAAGACUUCCACCACCUGUUAGUCCUUAUAUAUUACGAUUUAACGUUCGUGCCGGUUCGAUAGCUUCUCACAGGGGAAUCCUUUACAUUAACUAUCCAAUCGAUGGGUUUCCGAUUGAAUUCACGAGACCUCUCAAUAUCGACAUAGUCAUUCAAAGAUCAGGUGCAUAUGAAUUCUACGUGGAAUAUAAAGAAUUAAAUUCAAAGUUGACGAAAUCAUCUGAAAAAAGUUAUUUUACGGUUGAUCCGCUUUUACAUGUCAUUCCACGACAUCGAAUACUCUCAUCCGAGCCAAUUUCUUCGGAGCCAGCAGUUGCACUUCCACUCGAUGGGAUAGUUAUUCAAUCAGUUCUACCUAAACUCCUAGGAAAACUUUCUGAAUGGGAUCCUCACAUUAAAGCUAUAUCCGAUCUCGGAUAUAAUAUGAUUCAUUUUGUACCAAUGCAAAUGCGUGGUUUGUCUAAUUCACCUUACUCCAUAUUUGAUCAAUUAUCAUUUUCGAAUGAUUUAUUCGAACCUGAAGAUCUUUUGAAGGAUCCCAAUGAAAGAAUUGAAAUUGUUCAAAACACAAUAAAGAAAAUUGAGCAAGAAUAUGGUAUUCUCAGUGUGACUGAUAUUGUUUGGAAUCAUACUGCUUGUAAUAGUAGCUGGCUUGAAGAACAUCCCGAAGCUGGAUAUAACUUGAUUAAUUCGCCUCAUUUAACUCCUGCUUAUGAACUUGAUGCUUCAUUACUUGAAUUUUCUUCUAAUCUUGCUAAUUUGGGGUAUCCAACAUUGAUUAAGAACGAGGAAGAUUUGGAUUUAAUUGUCGACGGUAUUAAAGAACACGUGAUUAAUAAACUUCGCUUGUGGGAAUACUAUGUCAUAGAUGUUAAAGAAGCUGUAAAUGAGUUUAAGGAAGCAUUAAACAAACCGUGGCCAUCUUUUAGAGAAGACAUUGAUCUUGCUGCCCUAUCUCUUAAAGAGCAAGCAAAAUUGUUAAAUGAUAAGGCUCUUUAUUACAAAGGAACCUUUGGUCAUAGAUUUUAUAAAAAGUUAAACUGCGAGAGUUCAAUUGCAUUUGUUCUCAGUUUGAUUAAAUCCGAGAAAAAUCAUAAAUGUGUCGAUGGUAUUAUAGUGGAUGAUAAACCAACCAAAACUUAUAAACUAGUUUCAAAGAAAUUGUCAGAUGAUGAUGUCAAGAAGAUAGAUAGAUUUGUAAAUUCGGUUGAUGACAAGUCGAAAAAAAAGAAUUCAAAUGAAGUAUCGAUUGUCAACGUCACAGAAAAAAAGAAUUCAAGUGAAGGAUCGGAU